AUGAAGAGCCAUUCGGUGAUUUUUAUCGACAACCAGUGGUCAGAAGAUUACCCUGGGAAAAACAAAUACUCCAACAAUAGUUUUAUAGGAUGCCUUGUUAACUAUUUUACUGUGCCGCCAUGGGUUUUGCCGAAACGAAUCGCGUUGGCAUUCAUGCCACCUAUUCUAGGAGACAAGUCUAGACGAGUGUAUGUGGACUUUGUCGGACCGUGUCUUGCGAUUUUGACUCUAGCUGCUAUCUUGCACUAUGGACAUUCAUACAAAGUGCAAUCUGCAGCUUUAAAUACAAGCCCUACUGAAAUUUUGCUUUAUUAUUGCGCUAUUUUUCCUCUGAUUACGUUUGUUUUGGCUAAAUUAGGCCGUGCCACCCUUGGGUUCUUGGACAUAGCGUCUCUUCUCGGCUACGGUCUUUACGGUCACAUUUUUACGUUGGCCGUUUCACAACUGUUUGACCACGAAAGGAGCAACGGAGUGUUUUUCACCAAUCUGUUCGUGUUCGGAGGACUGAGUGGUCUUCGCAUUGCUCUCGUACUGUUAGCCUCCAUCCCUCGCCCAGCGUCUAGAUUACUAGUCUGCAGCACUGCCACCAUCGUUCAUCUAGUGUUUGUGAUUUUUGUCCACUUUGCUUACAUGCAUUCUACAUUUGUUUAUGGUUCUGGUACUGGUAAACACCAUAUAUGA